GUCAAACUAAGAUGGCGCUGACCCUGGUGGAGCAUGUUGUCGCUGAUGCUGGAGCGUUUUUAAAGAAAGCUCCGUUACAGGAGAUUGGACGGAACGUCUACACCGUGAGGGACGUGGUGGAUGAGAUCCGGGACAAAGCCACCAGGAGGAGCCUGGCCGUCCUGCCAUACCAGCUCAUCUUCAGGGAGCCGCAUCCAGAACACAUCCGACAUGUGACGGAGUUCUCCAAGAAAACCGGAGACUAUCCGAGUCUUUCAGCCACCGAUAUUAAAGUUCUGGCCCUGACGUACCAGCUGGAGCUGGAACAUGUCGGUUCCCAACACCUGAAGAAAGAACCGGACCUCAAGGUGAACAUUGUGAACACUCAGCACCACCCGGAGGCUCCUGUCAACGUUGCCGGGUUCCACUUCCCCUCCAAGGUACCGGACGUAGGUAGAGGUGAUGGUCCGGAUCGGUCUCUGGACCCGGUUCAGUUUGUGUCCCAUCAGAAACCUGCAGACGGUCCAAACGUUCAGAACCAGAUGGAGGAGAGGAGGUCCGACCCGGUCAAUGUCGAGCAGUUCAACAGCUUCCAGUUCUGGAGAGACCCGGUUCCAACCAUCAACGAGGACCUGCUGGAUUUGUUGAGUCCGGUUCUGCCUUCAGCGAGAUCUGCGGGUUCAGCGCCGGUUUCAGAACCCAAACAAAACCAGACAGACUCGGUCGUGGCCGACAGCCAACAGUUCAACAGCUUCCAGUUCUGGAGAGACCCAGUUCUGACCAUCGAUGAUGAGUUGCUGGAUCUGCUGGAAGGGGGCGGAGCCUCCGCCCAGAUGGGGGAGUCAGAGGGCCAUUCAGACGACGAGGACAAAGAGAAUGAGCCAGAAGUGGAAGAUGAUGAUGAUGGAGGAGGCUGGAUCACUCCCAGUAACAUCAAGCAGAUGAAGAUGGAGUCAUCUGAUUGGACUGCACCUGCUGAUGUCAGAGUCGGAUGUCUGACCACCGACUUCGCCAUGCAGAACGUUCUGCUCCAGAUCGGACUUCAUGUCCUGUCGGUGAACGGGAUGCUGAUCCGCCAGGCGAGGAACUACAUCCUGAGAUGUCACGCCUGCUUUAAAACCACCAGCAACAUGAACAAAGUGUUCUGUCCACACUGUGGGAACAGAACCCUGAAGAAGGUGGCGGUGACGGUCAGCGCCGACAGCGGCAUCCAUAUGCACUUCUCCAGAAACCCCAAAGUCCUGAACCCGAGGGGACUCCGGCAUUCGCUGCCGCUGCCUGAGGGGGGGAAACACGCCAACAACCCUCACCUGGUGGAGGACCAGCGCUUCCCCCAGCAGAGGCUCUCCCGGAAGGCUCGCCAGAAAACGGACGUCUUCGACCCCGACUACGUGGCCGGACUUUCGCCCUUCAGUGAGAACGACGUCUACAGCCGCGCCGCCAACCUGCACAUCAGAGACAGUCAGUGUGGCGGCGGCAGGAGGCGGGCCAACCCCAACGCCGCCCGCAGGAAGUUCAUCAAGAAGUGAUGUCAUCAAAAGACCGGACGGUCAUCGUCUGUCCAUUGACGUCCAGUGACGACAGAUCUGCUGCUGGUGCGUUCACUGACACUCAGGUCGGUCCCUCUGACUGGAUAAAAAUGAUCCAAGUGACUUGUUGAUGUGUGAGGCAGCAGAGAAACGAGCCUCUUCUGGUUCGGCCGAAUAUCUGCAGCUGGUUUUAGUCUUACCAGGACCGCCUGAAGACCGGACCGAUGGACGUGUAUCUCUGAUUCUGACUUUUGCACCUUUCUGCAUCGUCAAUGUAACAAAUCAAUAAUCAAUAAAGCUGCAGUUUGUUACUAAAA